AUCUAAAAGUAAAUAUACUUCCAAAAUUAGAUUGUCUAUUAGAAAAAAAAGAAAAAUAUCAGAUAAAAAUAUUGAAAAAGUUAUAAUUAAAAAAAUUAAACAAAAUAAUCGUGAAUAUACACCUGAGUUCGUUUCUAUGGCUAUGAAUUUAAGUACUUUUAGUCAUACUUCAAUAUCAUUAAUGAUACAAUACACAAAAGAAAUUAUAACAUUUCUUACUGAAGUAGCAGAAAUUUCUAUACAAGAUAAUAUACCUCAAUUUUUAAAUCGAUUUAGCUCAUAUGAAAUUUUAGCAGACAAAAGUACUAGAGGAGAAAAAAAUAUAUUUUUAGUAUGUAUAUUUUACUGGAAUGAAAACAAACAAGAUCCUAUGCUUACUAUCCUUAAUAUGAAAGAUUUGGAUUAUUGUUUAGCAUCCACAGUAUCUUUAAGCGUUGGAGAAGCUAUUAGUAAAAAUUUAUUAAAUUCAGCACAAUGUCAAUAUUGGCUUACUGAUAAUAUAGCUUAUAUGUCAGAAUCAACCACUGGUGCUAUUGUUAAAUUUAAUCAGCAAUAUUCAGCAAAAGCAACUCAAAUUCCUUGUGGUUUACAUGUAUUACAUAUAGCUUCAGUACAUUUUAAUGAUACAACGUUUGGAAAAACUAAAUCUCUUUCAGGAAUUUGCUUAGAGCCACAUCCAUUUAAUAUUCUUAAUUUGGCUUAUUAUUUUCACUGCAGGUAUAACGAAUCUGAUAAAGACAAUCUAUUAAAUAUGAAAGCAGAAAAGAUUAGCGAAUUAUAUAAAGC